AAGUGAGGUCAGUGUUCACAUACUAUCACUUCCCUCCGUGAAAGGAUAGCUAUAUAUGGAGGAGGAAUCUUUGGCAUAUAAGGCCACUCCUCUCUCAAACAAAACAUCACAUUAAUUACAUCAAACUACAAUGUUUCUGUUUCCUUAACCAGGAUAAUAAUUUGGAACAGUACUGUUGAUCAAGCUGACCAACCAUGUUUCCUUUACAACGCGGCAAUGAGCUGGUGAUCCAAUUUUCUAAUGCCCUCCAACCGCAACACAAAAUCUCUAAAGAUCUCAUCCUGGAUGAUCACAACAGCGAUAAUCCGCCCCUUGUCGCUUAUUCAGACAAAAAAGUGCGUACUAGGCCCCCCAAUAAACUCUUUUAUGCGCCUGAAACCAGUCACGCUAAUUCUGCAGAAGAAGAAUACGCAAAGAAGAUGGUUCACAGAGAGAUUGAGAGGCAAAGGAGGCAAGAAAUGGCAACCCUUCAUGCCUCUCUUAGAUCCCUUCUCCCUCUUCCCUUCAUCAAGGGAAAGAGGUCGAUGUCUGAUCAAAUGAACGAGGCGGUGAAUUACAUAAACCACCUGCAGAAGAAUAUUAAAGAAUUGAGUGAGAAGAGGGAUAAGCUGAAGAAGAAAGUUGCCAUAAAUUCCAGCCUCGAAAGCCGUGAGAACAAGCAUGAAUCAUGUGGUUUCACUGUCCGCCAAACUAGUAGUGGAGCUGUGGGAAUCGAAAUCAGUGGAUUGAGUGAGGAAGGGGUUUCACUUUCUAAACUGUUGGAACUGUUGUUAGAAGAGGGACUUGAAGUUGUUUGUUGUCUUUCAACUAAAGUCAAUGGCAGACUACUCCACAGUUUGCAGUGUGAGGUUGUCAAUUCCGACACUGUAGAUCUGUCUGAGCUGAGAAGAAAAUUCUCCAAUGUAGUUCCAUCAUUUAGAGUUUCUGAAUAAAACUUUGGUUUGGAUAUUUCUAGGCUCACUGUCUGCUGAUCAACUGGAAAUUAUAACAUACAUAACCAUAUAUCUUCCCUUUCUAACUGAUUCUUAAUUUGUCACUCGGUUACACUAUAUAUUUUGGACAAAUUUUUUUCUAAACCUUGUACUUUCAGUUUCGGGAAGAGAAGGGACAAAUCUGGUGUAGAUAAAAUUUGCCUCCUCUUUCUCUUAACAAUUUCUACGCUAUUUGAAAUUUAACGUGAUGGAGAGAGUUAUGUUUCA